AACAUAAAAUUGUAUGCAGCGUUCCUUAAUCCCUGCCGUACUAUGUAGGCGGUCGACUUCCUUCUACGAGUUACACAUUUACACAUUUACCAGGCAAAUCUUUGAGAUAUCUAUAAGCCUGAACUGCUAUCAACUUUUUCUUACGUUGGCAGUUCUACUAGAACAAACCCGAUCGCGAAACCUACCCCGACCCCUACCCAUCGCAAAAUGUCUGCCCCUCAUAGAGACAACGAAGAUGACGUGCCAGAGAUGCUCGACGCAGAAGAUGCGCUCGAAGAAAUCCAGGAUACCGAAGGCGAUAUAGCUAUGGACUCGGACGACGAGCCCGAAGAGAUAACCCUACAGAACGACAGUAUAGCUUACCUCGACGCUCACAAAGAUUCCGUUUUCGCCAUUGCCCAACACCCCACCCAGCCCUCACUCAUCGCAACUGGUGGUAGUGAAGGUGAGGGAGAUGAUGCGCCGGGAAGAGGAUAUGUUUUCGACACAAGCCCAGUCGUCGGACGACCUGUCCUUCCGCCCAGUUACAAUGCAGACCCUUCGGCGCAACAGCAAAGGAGCACCGAGUUAAAGCCCCUCUUCACAAUCGAGGGCCACAGCGAUUCGAUUAACACGCUUGCAUUUACCUUACCUAACGGACAGUUCUUAGUUUCGGGAGGCUUGGAUGGAAGACUGCGCACAUACGAGCUGUCUGUAGACGCCCACAAUAAGCCCUCCUUCGCAUUCGUCGCCGAGUCCCAGGAGGUGCCCGAGGUAAACUGGCUGGCGCCGUGCCCGUCGCAAAAGUACCCCAACACCAUCGCGCUAGGUGCCUCCGACGGCUCCGUCUGGGUGUACACCAUCGACUCGUCCGACCCCGCGAACCCGAUGCAGAUCGUCCAGAGCUACUUCCUUCACACCGCGUCGUGCACGGCCGGCUCCUGGUCCCCCGACGGCACGUUCCUGGCUACCGUGUCCGAGGACAGCUCGCUGUGUGUCUGGGACGUCUGGGGCGAGGCUGCCGCCAAGAACCUCGUCAACGACAACGGCCAGACCGUCGUAUCCCUCACGGGUGAGGACCAGCGCUUCGGCGUCGACGGCGGGCUGUACGCCGUCGCCGUGGACCCCAAAUCGACAUUCGUCGCGGUCGGCGGCGCGGGCGGCGCCAUCAAGAUCGUAGGGUUGCCGCGAGUCGGUGUGGACAGCCAGCCCGUCUCCAGCAAGCAGAGCAAAUCCAAAGCCAAAGGCUCCGAGGCGGGGAGCGCGCAGGGAGGUACCAUCCUAGCGGACCUGCAGACGCAGUCGGACGGAAUCGAGACCCUCAGCUUCUCGUCGAAACAACCGCUCCUAGCGGCGGGCAGUGUGGACGGCAGCAUAGCGGUGUACGACACGUCGCGGCGGUUCGCGCUGCGGCGGCACAUCAAGGAGGCGCACGAGGAGUUCAGCGUGGUGAAGGUCGAGUUCGUGGCGGGGCUCGGCGACGGGUGGCUGCUGACGAGCUGCGGCAUGGACGGCGUGGUUCGCCGGUGGGACGUUCGGGGCGCGGCUAGUUCUACGGAGACGAGUUUGGUGAAGGAGUGGAGGGGUCACAGGGGAGAUGGCGAAGGCGGAGGCGUGCUGGGGUUCGUGCAGGGCACGACGGGCGAGCGGAUUGUUACGGCGGGGGAUGAUGGUGUCGUGUUGGUAUUUGAAGCUUAGGGGUCUUGAGGUACCUACUGAUACGAUAGUUCAUGCUAGACAUUCAUACCCGGCCUUGCAUAAGAAAACUUUGGCUGCCUGAAAUUUGCAUUUGUUUAUUUGUGAUGACUAUGGUUUUGGAGACAUUUUAUCACGCGUGUUGAAGAGCCUAUAUCAAUCUUUUGCAAUAUCUACCUGCCUAACCUAAGAGGCACAUAUUGUCCGAGCUACUAAUAUG